AUGGACGAUCUGGCCGGCAUGGACUGGUCCGCCUCGACCUCGUCCACCUCCAACCAAAAGAAGCCACCCAUGAACUCCUCGAGCGCAUUCGCCUCCUUCCCUUCCCUCCAACCGACACCGUCUCCUAUCACCUCCGGCCGAAAUACCCCUCUGUCCUCGCACGUGUCUGGCCAACUCUCCGGCGCCGGCUCGAAAGCCCCUGCCUCGGCCCCGACUAAGCCCGCCCACGAUGCCUUUAGCAACCUCAUGGCUACGAGUUCCGCUAAGAGCACCACGAAACUGAGUCUGGCCGAACGCCAGAAGCAACUCGAGGCUGAGAAGUUGAAGAAGCUGCAGGAAAAGAAGCAGCAGCAGAGCGCCGCUUACGGUGACGGCCAAUUCUGGGAUGCUUUGGGCAAGGGAACCCCGUCAGGGGGCGUGUCGCGAACAGCGUCGCCAGCAUCACAUAGUCUCGGUCCCAUUACUGCCGCGCAGAAUGCGCCGCCUGGAUCUGACGAUGAUCUUUUCGCUGCGUUCAACAAAGACACGAAAGUCGACAACGCCAGCCACUACCCCCCUCCUGCAUCGGGCAAGUCAACACCAGCUCUAGAUCUAAGCAAUCCGGGUGCCUGGAGCAAACCUGCGCCAGCAUCCAAUGGCAACAAUGGUGGCUUUGCUGCCGACGACGACGAUCCGUUUGGGCUAAACCAGCUCCAAGCCAGGCCUGCGCCAGCAGCUGCGCCGGCUCCGGCGGGUAACGACGAUGAGCUUGAUGAUUUGCUUGGGGACCUCGGAAGGCCCGUCGACGAAGUGCGCAAGAAGCAGGAAGCCCAGAGGCAGAAAUCGCCGCCGAAACAAGAGCCAGAGCCAGGGAAGCCCAUCGAAGACGCCGAUUCAAGCUCGAGCGACGACGAGGCACCGAUACCACAAGGAAGGCCACAGAGACGGCCACAGGGUAAUGACCCGUUCGACAAGGCUAUCGCUCAGAUUAUGGAAAUGGGCUUCUCUCCUGAGGAUGCUGCGAGAGGUCUGACAGAGAGCGGCCAGGGUCUGAACGUGCAGGCAGCUGUCAGCUACCUGCUCAACGACGCUCAUCAAAAGGCCAAGGAGAAGAGUCAGAGAGGUGGUCCGGCUGGUUUCAGCGAUGACAGGUCCUCAAGUCGCGCUCGAAACGGGAGCCCUGCUUGGGCAAAUGAAGAGAGGCCCAGUCGGCGAGACAAUCGAUCUCCAGCUGCUGCUGAGGCGGAUCUCGCAAAGACAGCUGCUGCGGUUGGCAGCAACCUGCUCAAAAGCGCAAACAAGUUCUGGAGUGUUGGCCAAAAGAAGGUCCAGAAAGCUAUGGCGGAAUUCCAAGAAGGCCCUACAGAUCCCAGCCAACCCAAAUGGAUGAGGUCGGCGCAGCAGGAGAUGGCGGCGGAGAGAGAUAUGGGGAAGCGAUCGGCCGAUGCCACCGACGAAGCAAUGAUGCUUGACUCGGGCGCGCGACCCGACAGACAGUCUCGCAGACCCGCUCAGCAAUCUCGGCCAGAGCCUCAGCGAAAUGGGUCGCGAGAUCAGUCACCCGCGUUGUCAGCGAGUUCGUCCAGGAGCGCUCCCGGCCCCAAGUGGCAACAAAACCAGCAGUCCUCUUUUCUUGACCCAAAGAGCCGACUUAAUAAGCAAGCUAUCGAAGAUCAAGGUGCACAAGCCUACGUCAGCCCAGCAAGGAGGAAGAAGACGACACCUCAGCCGCCUCCAGAGCCCAAACCAUUCACAGAAGAGCCCGAUUUAUUCAAUUCGCAGGCGCCGGCUCAGAAACUCCCAGCUCGGCCCUCCCAGCCCUCACCUAGACCCACUACUGUCUCGCAGCCCCCGCGCAAGGCACCGACUCCGAGGCCUGCUCGCCAGAUACCUCAUCUAGACCCUUCGGCUCUCCAAACAUCCACACGCCACCGUACUGACGGUACGGCCCACUUCAAAAGGGGUGAUUAUGCGGCAGCUCACGCAUCAUAUUCAUCGUCACUCUCCGCAAUCCCGCAAUCUCAUCCGCUGGCGAUCGUAAUCCUAUGCAAUCGCGCUUUGACUGCUCUCAAGACUGGUGAGCCCAGACAAGCCGUUGCCGAUGCCGACGCAGCUCUCGAGCUCAUCGGCCCCGGCAAGGGCGAGGGUGAGAAUGUCCCACUCCAAGACCAAACAGGCGACAAGCGAGAUAUGAAGGACCUCUACGGAAAAGCACUCACGCGCAAGGCCGAGGCUUUGGAGCAGAUGGAAAGGUGGGCCGAUGCCGGAGUGGUCUGGCAGAGCUGCGUCGAGAGCGGCGUCGGUGGCCCCACUGCCACCGCCGGGCGUCAAAGGUGCCAAAAAGCCCUCGCGCCAAAGCCAAAGCCUGCUUCCAAACCUCCCACGCCAGCAGCCUCGCGGGCGCCGCCACGACCGAGGCCCACGGCGCCGGCCAAGGACUCGGAGGCCGUCACGCGACUGCAAGAGUCCAACAAGGCCGCAGAAGCAGCAGAUGCGGAGAGGUUCGCGCUGUCGGACCAGGUGGACGCACGCAUUGCAGCAUGGCGGGACGGCAAGAGGGACAACCUGCGCGCUCUGCUGGCGAGCCUGGAUCAGGUGCUGUGGGAGGGCAGCGGGUGGAAGAAGGUCGGACUGCACGAGCUUGUCAUGGCCAACCGCGUCAAGAUCGUGUACAUGAAGGCCAUUGCCAAGACGCAUCCUGACAAGCUGGCACAAGACGCGACCGUCGAGGCACGCAUGAUCGCGGCAACUGUGUUCUCCACGCUCAACGAGAGUUGGGAUAAGUUCAAGACUGAGAACGGGCUGUGA